UAAGCUUUGCUUUAAAGAUUAUUGGCCAGUCAAUUGCAAUUGUUGGUUCUACAAAGUUCCAACAUGGCUAAAUACGUAGGUCCAUGCUUGUUUCUGGGAUUGGCUGUGAUAUGGACAGUCAUUGCCAUAUCUUCGGCACGAGAUGUUCGAAGUAUAAAAGGAGAUUUGGAAGUGGCUGGUUCUCAUCAUCAUGGUCAUCACCAUGGUCAUCAUGGCCAUCACCAUGGUCAUCAUCACGAACAUGGCGGAGGCCAUGAACACCAUUCUCAUCAUCAUGGAGAACACGGUGAAGAGGGCCAUAAGGGUCAUAAAGGUCAUCAUCAUCAUCAUCAUGGAGAACAUGGCCAUCAUGGCAAGGAACAUCAUGAGGGCCAUCAUCACGAGCAUGGCGGUCACAAGAAAGGCCAUCAUGAUGAACAUGACGAACACGGUAGUCAUCAUGAGCACGAACAUGGCCAUAAGGAAUCUAAAUUUGGUCAUGGAAAGGGUCAUAAGAAAGGCGAGAAGACUCAUGGCUAUCAUCACAAAUCCCAUAAAGACGAAUAUCACAAGGAACAUAAAUUCUAUGAUGAUUAUCAUAAAGGUGGCCAUCAUGAGAAGCAUGGCGAUCAUCAUGAGCAUCAUCAUGGUAAGGAAGGUCAUCAUAAGAAGGGUGGACAUCAUCACUCUGGUCACCAUGAAGAUCAUCAUGGAAAAAAAGGUCAUCAUGAUAAAGGGCAUUAUGAUGAAGAUCACCAUGGUCAUCAUGGCAAACAUGGUCACGAAGAACACCAUCAUCAUCACGAAGAUCAUGGAAAAAAGAGCGAACAUCAUGGCGGGAAGAAGUAUGGUUUUCAUCAUGGUCAUGGUCAUGGUCAUGGUCAUGGCCAUCAUGGUCAUCACGGACAUCAUGGUCAUGAUCAUGGCCAUCACGGUCAUCACGGACAUCAUGGUCAUCACGGACAUCAUGGUCAUCACGGUCAUCACGGUCAUCAUGGUCAUCAUCAUCAUCAUUAAUGAUAUAAAAUUUGCCAAUUUAGUGCGACACAAACAGAAUAAAUUGUUGCACCACUUGUUCCUUGUUCUUUCGUUGAUUAUUUUUAGGAUGCCCAAUAAUAAUGGAUUUAUUUCGUUAUUGAGAAAUUAAAAUGUCUAUA